AUGCCACCGCCGGACGCCACGCCGCCGGACCACUGCGGCGGCGCCCGCGCCGAGGACUUCCGCGCCGCGCUCGAGGGCGCCGUCGCGCGGAUCCUGGAGGCGCACCGAUGCGAGGUGGCGGAGCUGGAGGCACGGCUCCACGCCAGCAGCCCGGAGCCGCCCGGAGACCUCUGCAGACAGCCGCCGCCUCCCGGGCACUGCCCAGGCUUCCCGCCGCCAGAGGUGUAUGUGCCGGUGCAGCAGCCCGCAGUCAUCUCAUCAGUGUUCGAGGGCAGCGCUCCAGGGCCGAACGAGGUCAAGCCCCAGGAGCCGAAGCACGGAUGGGUCGGGCCUAGCAACGGCGGCGGUGGGCUUGUCGGCUCCUCAAGCUUGGUGCCAUCAUUGGCAGCAGCGGUAACCAAACCUGCAGCGUCUUCGUCGAUCAUCGGGCAUGUUGGAGGAACCCAAUGGCAGUGGAAGCAUCGCGAUGGGUGGAAAAACUACGACCAGGCCGUUUCCGACAAGAUCGAGGAGACCUUCCAGAGAGGCCAUCCAAAGGUUCGCCUCAAGGCAGGAAAGAAGAGCAGUAGUCCAAUGGAAAUUUUUUUCGCUGACAUGGUCCAGCACGAUGCCAGCACAGGGAACACAAGGGACGUCCGCCGGGUGGGCCCAGAGAGAUGGUGGAUGGGUGUGAAGCGGCACGUUCUAUCGUAUUACUACGCUUGGGACACAGGGUUGCCGAGGACGGAUACAUUAGAGAACGCAAAGGCGCGCAAGAGGCGGAUCGAAAUGGAUGGCGUAUGUUCGGUGUUCAUUCCACGCGACCCGGUGCUGAGCAUGUACAAGUCAUCUGGUUUUUCUGCGGCAGUCGUCAAGAACAGUUUAUUCCAGGGUUUCGCAACCGCCCUGGUCGCCCUGAACACGAUCUGGAUCGCCAUAGAUUUAGACAACAACGAUGGGCCUAGGCCUAAUAUUGGAUUCCAGGUGGUGGACCAUGCGUUCUGCGCACUCUUUUCUGUGGAAAUUGCCUUUCGAUUCGCAGCCUACAAGAAGAAGAAGCUCUGCCUGAAGGACGCCUGGUUUUGCUUCGAUGCUAUGACCGUGCUGCCGUCGGUGGUGGACAACUGGUUGUUGCCGCUGGCCGGCGCACUGGCGGGCCAGGAACGCAGCGGCUUGUUCAGCAGCGACCUCACGGUCUUGCGCGUCGUCCGGCUGCUGCGCCUCACGCGCAUGUACCGCUUGAUCAAGUCGAUGCCGACGAUGAUGACGCUGUUGAGGGGGAUCAGCACCUCCAUCCGGCCCGUGAGCAUCGCGGUGUGCCUGCUGCUGAUCAUGAUCUAUCGGACAUCUUCAGCAUCCUGUUCAGGAGCUUGGUUGAUCCUGGUAGUUUCCUCGAGAGGGAGUAUUUCUCGUCCGUGA